UUCAGACUUCAGAACCUGCGUCUUGGACUCGGAGGAGGAAGAACUAACAAGAAAGGAGGAACUAAAGCUGGAAGUUUCUUCUCCUGACGAAGCUUUGGACCAUGAAGAUGAAGAUGGUGACGAUGCUCAUUGCGCUGGUGUUGACGAUGAUGGUGUUGGUCGAUGCGGCCAAUACGAAUCCUGUGUAUCAGCCUUGUUCGGACACGACAGUACAGACAGGGGAUGGUUUCACUUUCGGGAUCGCAUUUGCUUCGAGGACUUCCUUCUUCUAUAACCACUCUCAGCUCUCCCCCUGCGACCGCCGCCUCAGUCUAUCUUCAGCUAACUCUCAGCUCGCACUCUUCAGGCCCAAGGUCGACGAGAUCUCUCUACUCACCAUCAACACCACCAGCAACUUCUUCCCGGCAAGUUAUGGCGGGUACAUGGUGGCAUUUGCGGGUCGGAAGUAUGCGGCAAGGUCCAUUCCUGAAUUUGUUGCAAACAAUACCUAUAUUGUUACCAGCUUUACUCUGGUUCUUGAAUAUAAUAAAGGUCGGCUGCAGAACUUCUACUGGAAGAGUGAUGGAUGCUCUUCAUGCUCAGGGAAGUCUAAUUUCGUGUGCCUGAACAAACAGUAUUGUGCAAUCAGAACUUCUCAAUGUAAAGGACAAGGGGGCUCUGCAGAUUGUAGCCUUGGGAUACAGUUGGCAUUCUCAGGCACAGAUAAGCAUUAUGUUUCACUUAACUCAUGGUAUGAAGUGGAAAACCUGCGGCAGUACUCCCUCUAUGGCCUGUAUUCAAACCUCAAGAAUUCUCUUACCAGCCAGUAUAACAAUUUCUUCUGAUUGUUGGUUGAUGUGUGCCCGGAUUACGCCAAUGGGUGAUGGUGCAUGUCUUUCAUGGAGUUCCGCUUGGAGCAUGGAGCUUGUAGCAUUGUAUUGUAUUGCAUCUCUUACCUUUUUUUUUUCUUUGGAAGUUUUUGUGAUGUUCACUGUUCUUUAUUUCAUACUUCUUACUUUUUCUCUUUGUGGUUCUGAAAAGUUUCUGUAAAUUGAUACUACCUGAUCUCUUCUCCCCUUCCCUCUCCUUUCGACCUUAUUGGUAUUUUAACUGCACUGGAUCUCAGAAUUAUUGUGACUAGUAGACUUUGUAUUGAAUGAACUGGAUCUUUUAUGGGCUGCCAA